UCAUGUACCCUCUGCUUUCAUAACAGUUUCUCUCUUGGAGAACAGCCAGCAGUUGCUUUUCACACCUGCCAGCUGGAGCUUUGAUUGCAAGAGGGUGUGUGUGACUUCCCAAAGUUGUAUAAGUGCCUCCAUACCCUGCUGUUUCCUCCAGUCAAGAUUAAUAUGUGUGGACUUCCCUCUUCAGGCUGUGUUUCUAGUCCUCAUUGUCCUGUUCUAGUGCCUCUGAAAUUUUCUUCAAGUACGGAAUUCAGUGUGGGGGCUUGAUCUGCUUUUCAAAGCCACUGCUUGAUGGUAGCUUUUACAUCGCCGCCUCAUUCUUGCUUGCUUUCAGGCAGCCUCUAAUUUCUGUGCCUCGGAGGCUUUUCCGACAUGCGGGGUGGCUGAGAGAGACACCCAAUGAUGGAGGAGAAGAAGAAGAAGAGUCCCAAGGCUCACCUCGGCCAGCCAGUGCCUGCAAGUGCGCUGCGCAAGCUGCCUGUUCCUGCCAGCAAGAGUGCCUCUUUCUCCCUGGGGAUGCCACACCUCCCUUCCCCAAAGCAGAGGGCCAAGUUUAAGAGAGCAAACAAGGAAACGCCACGAGGAGUACCCCAGCUUGGGGGCAAUGCAGGGUCUGUGGUGGGCACCCCCCUGCAGCAUUCGUUCCUGACCGAUGUCUCCGAUGUGUAUGAGAUGGAAGGGGGUCUCCUUCACCUGCUGAAUGACUUCCAUUCGGGAAAGCUACAAGCUUUUGGGAGAGAAUGUUCUUUCGAGCAGCUGGAACACAUUCGGGAGAUGCAAGAGAAACUUGCCCGCCUGCACUUUAGCCUCGAUGUCUACGUGGAGGAACUUGCAGAAGAUCAGAAGAAAACUGUAGCCGACAGGAAUCUGGAUCAGCUGCUGACCAACCUGGAAGAACUCAGCAAUUCCAUACAAAAGCUCCACCUGGCUGAAAAUCCUGAUUUGGAAGACGCAUCCAAUGCCUAGAAGAGGCGUCGGGAGGGGCCAAGCCGGCCCCCCUUGCGGCCCUUCUUAGGAGGCCUCAAGAAGCAACGGACGAGGACGCCUGGCAGGAGGCUGCUUCCGAACUGUGCCGUAAAUGGCCUGUAAAAAAAUUAGGUGCUGCCUGAUGGAGGGAGGCAGAGAUACGCAAGCAGGACCGGAGAUCUGCAGGAGACAGAAAACCCGAGGGGAAACAGCCCACUCUGCAUGGCUGCCGAAAAGAGGAGGAAGCAGGGAAGGGAAAUGAAAGUGGCCAGCGAGGAGGCAGAUCCCCUGCACGUGGGCUUGUGGUUGAGUCCUGAGCUGGGCCAGGUGUGGCAAAAGACCUCGUGCUGGCGAAGAAGGAGACACAGCCCAGAAUUGCUUCUGUUUUCUUUCCCCUUGCGUGGCCACUCCAGUUUCCACACUGGACCGAACUCUCUUGAGGUCAGCGAUGAGUAGCCGAUGUACCACCAGUCGCCUUGCGCUCUUGCUCCUCCUGCUGUGUGAGCUGCCCACCUCCCAUUUUUAAUUUUAUUUUUAUUUUUGUAAUGCCGCAUGAGUUUAACCUCCUGCAUCCUGUGCCUGCCCUGCAUAUGGCCUUCGUUUGAGAGCUGUAUAUUACUCUUUUCUCAAAACACAAUUAGUAUAUUAAGGGUAGGACAAUUGCUUUGGGAAGGGCUUGGAAGAAGCAGUCUGGGGCCUUCAAGGCAGAGAGGUGGCAUGGCAUCCUGGCUUAGAGGGUCCUAGUUUGAGGGUCAUCUUUACUGUGAAGCGGCCUUAGGUCAGCUGCUCCCUCUGAGCCUCAGGCUGCUCUUCCUCCAGGCAUAGAUUGCUGACUAUCUUAGCUGGUUAUUUUAAGAAAUGUGUACAUGCAAGGUGCUUUAGAACAGUCUUUUUAAAACUUGGCAACUUUAAGAUGUGUGGACUUCAACUCCCAGAAUUCCCCAGCCAGCAUCGCAAAGGUAUCUUAAGGCCAGGGAGUCCAAUCCCUGCUGAGUGUAGAGUAACUGAUUAAAGCAUCUCCAACUGAUUGUCAAGUGUCACGAACAGGAUGAUGCAUGUGAACCCUCCAGGAAUAGAAGUGUGGUGCUCAGUGCAAUAGCCACGUAUCUUUCACCUGAACUUGGUUUUUUAAAUUGAUUUUGCACUCCCAUUGUUCAUGAUGAUCCUUUUCUGUUCUUUUCCACUUGGAUCUAUAGCUAUGGUGAACGGACAAAUUAUUAGUGUCAAAUGUGAAAGCAACUGGGGAACUUUUGUGCUGAGAAGGUACAUGAGAACAUGAACAAUCCCUACACACACCCACACACCCACACACCCCAUCUCCCUGGCAGGGGAAGUGCAGAAGAGGGAGCACGCCAAAGCUGACUGGUUUGCUUUUCCGGGGCUGUAAAGUCAGGACAGCUCCAUUCGGCAAUGAGCCACAACAGAGCAAAAGAGGAUCAGCAAAAGUCAUCCUGGCUCCAGGAGCAGGGAGACCUUCCGCUCAGCGGUGGGGAAGGACCUUAUAAGUGGGGAAUUCUGACCAGAAAAUUAUUUGGAUCUACCAGCCUAUUUCCAGAGGGCUCCGACUGUUGCUGGAAUUGGGGGGGAGGGGGGCUUACCCAUUUGUAAGUAAUUCCUACAUAGAAGAGUCCCCAUAUUUGAGUUCACUCCCAUCUGUGGACUCUUCACAAGUGAAUGAUGUGAUCAGUGUAUUAAGUGUUGGAGUAGUUAAACUGAACCCCAACCCCAUACAAAAAAUCUUAGCCAUGGGAGUAAAAUGUAUGUUUGAAAUUACACUCUCCUUUUUUGGUUACUUUAAUUGAACACUGGUGCUACUCAUUCUGUUGAUUUUCUUGUAAAAUAAAGCUUUAUUACUGGUG